UUCGGAGGACGUGAGCUAAUGCAUUCACUUGCUUGCGUACACAUGGAGACGUCGGGUGGCGGCACAGCGCAGCACCACUUCGUGUGCCCCAUCUCACUGCAGCCCAUGCAGGACCCGGUCACGGCGCCCACCGGCAUCUCCUACGACCGACGCGCCAUCGAGCGGUGGCUCGCCAACGGCCACGCCACCUGCCCCGUCACCGGCCGGCAGCUCUCCCUCACCGACCUCACCCCAAACCACACCCUCCGCCGCCUCAUACUCUCCUGGCAUCCCGCGUCGAAGGUGGCACCUGACGUGGCGCCGACGUUGGAGCCCGAUGAUCCGGAGGUCGUUGUGCUCGUCGCGAAGGUGAUGUCCCCGACUUCUUGCCCAACGGCCGAUGUUCUCUGCGAAGCGGCGGCGUCUGCCGCUGUGAGCAUCACGGCGCGGCGGUGCAUGGUGCGCGCCGGCGUUCAGUGGCGCGUGCUCCGUCUGUUCUCGUCGUGCGGUAAGACGAGCUCGCGCGCUGUGAUGCCCACCGUUCAAGCGUGCCUGGCUCUCCUUGACGCGCUCGACGUCUCCGCCGACGAGCUCCGGCCUCUCCUUUCCGGCAACCACGACCUCGUCGACGCGCUGACGCACGUGCUGGUGAUGCUCGAGAAUGGAACCUACUCCGGCGGCGGCGGGAACACGACCAGAGACAGCGCGGUGCGGCUCCUAGACUCCGUGAUCGAGUCGGCUGACGUCGUGCUGCUCGAGCGGCUGCGUCCGGAGCUCUUCCGCGCCGUCACGGCGGUAGUGCGCGACCGUACCGUAUCCCCUGGCGCGACGCGCGCGGCGCUGCGUGCCCUCCUCAACGCGUGCCCCAGCGGCGACGGCAAGAACCGCGUCCUCAUCGCCGAGGCCGGGGCGGCGCACGAGGCCAUCGAGCUGGAGCUGUCCUCCUGGCCCUCGUCGCCGAGCGCCGGCAAGAGCAGGCGCGUCACGGAACUUGUCAUGGCGCUGCUGGCCCGGCUGUGCUCAUGCGCGGAGGGGCGGGCGGCUGUGGUGGCGCACCCCGCGGGGAUCGCACUGGUGGCAAAGCGCGCGCUGCGCGUGUCCGCGGCGACCGACACGUCCGCUGUGCGGGUGCUGGCGGCGGUCUGCGGCAGGGCGGCGUCGCCGGAGGUGGUGCGGGAGAUGGCCCGCGUGGGCGCAGUAGGGAAGCUCUGCUGCGUGCUGCAGGCGGACUGCGACCGAGACGUGAAGGAGACGGCGAAGGCCGUGCUGAGGAUGCACUCCGGCGUGUGGUGCGGGUCGCCCUGCGUCAGCGCCUACCUGCUCUCUAGGUACCUCUAGUUAGCUGCCAUGUCACACUUGCAUUGGUGCAUGGUGGAACUGGAACAUGCUCGUUGCGACAUCCUGUUGGUUAAUUGGAUUUGUUGGUUCCUUGAUCAAUUCUUGCUGGUUUGUAAGAUAAACUGAAGUUGAAAUCCCGAAUUUGACACUUGAGGUAUCACUGACAUGUGGGGCAGUGGGGGGCAAGAGAUGUCAUUUUCAUGACUCGUGACUCGGGAGUUGUGAGAUCUUUACAAACGCUAACCGCACAUUACCAUGGUUCAUCAAAUAGUUCAAAUAAGGCGGACCAGGAGUCGACGGGUACAU